CUAAAGCAAACAGAGGGUGCGGGCUCCCAGUAGGUGACUACCAGCACAGAGCAGACUCCUGUUCCUAGUCCGUGCAGGCAUGGCAUGCCGCAGAUGCGCUAAGAUGGGCUGGCAGGGUUCAUGGGGGCUGGUUUUGCUCCUGGGCUUUCUGCUGCACUCUGGAUGGAUCCUGCAAGCAAACACUGCUGCUGGGACAUCGACACCUCCCACAACAGCAGCUGGGGCCCCUGAAACAACCACCACAGCGAUGGAGAACACCUCAACGGGCAGCCUGCCUGCCACCCCAUCUGGAAGCACAGACACCCCAACGCCACCCAGUACCAUCACGCCAGCUGCAAACCCCCUGGCCAAGGCCACUGAAACACCAGCUGCUGCAAUCACGGCUCCAACUAGCCUCCCCACCUCACUGCCAGAGGGUUCCCAGUCCCUGGCCACAGCAACCCAGGCUGUCCCCAUGCCAGCUGACAUGACAUCCAUGACAACUCUGACCAGCGCAGGAGAAACCACCCCAGCAGAUCCUACAACCACCACACACCUUGAGACUACUGCAGGAAGAGAGACACUCACAACAGCCUCUGUUGUCACUAUGCCAAACACAACCACAACUCAAGGGGCUAUCCUCACAGCGACAGAAACCAGCCCUUCAGUGCUUGUCACCCUCACCCCACUGAGGGUGAGUACCACGGCUGUUGAGACCACCGCACCAACGUCUGUCACUGCGUCUACGACAGAAACAGCAUCAACAGUGGGCUCCAGCACAGAAACCACCCUGGUGGCCAACAGCCCCACUGCAACAAGCGAGAGCACGGCCCCAGGACCUCACACCGCAGCAGCAGAAAGGGGAACUUCAACAGGCACCGUGACAGAGACACUCGCCACCAGCAGAAUAGCUAAUACCACAACCGCCGUCAGCACCACUGCAGCCAGAGAGGUUCCCCAAACAGUCCGUACUAGCACCGUCCCAGCUGGAAACACGACGGUUAAAUUCCCAGCUACAGCUAACCCCACUGUGGCAGCACCGAGCAGCAAGGUGCCCCUGGAUACCACUCCAGCAACUCAGAACUUCAGUGCAGCUCCAACCACGGAAUCCGCUGCUAGGCCUAACUCCACUGCCCUGCCCUGGGUCCCAGAUGUCACGACGGAAGAGCAGACGACAGCGCUGUCCACAUGCCACCCUACAGCUGCCAACGCAACUGGUGCUCACCUCUUCCUAUCGCUGGGACUCUCCACUCACCUGAACCUCAGCGAGCCCCAGGUUAGGGGUCUGGUUUUGUCCAAGCUUGAGCAAGAGCUAAAAAUGAAGUUCUCAUGCACCGAGUUCAACGUCCUCUGGAAAGGAGACCGAAAAAGUGAGCAGUGACUCUGCUGGCCCCCAAGGAACCUCUGGCUUCAUGUCUGGGUACCACAGUAAGCGGGACAAGGGCCAUGACACGAAAGGGGACCACGUGGCUGCUAAUACCUGUGCUCCUCGACUCCGGAGUGGAAACCACACCUGCAAGAUACAGGUUUAAGCCCAGGAGAAGAAAUCUCUCUUCUGCAUGCUGAGACCUCAGGCUUUCUUUUGCCAUAACCCUCCUGGACUCUGGUUCUGAAAGGCCAAACCCCUUGGGAGAUUCCAUAGAUAGUAAGAAUUCAAAAAAGAGGUGAAUGCCCUUUAAAGGUUCCAGUGAAGAUGAAAAAUGUCAGGUCUGGAGAUUUCCCCUCUCCGUCCUCUCUUCCUGUAUGAAAGGAGCCAAUGAUUUGAAUUGCAAGCUCUUGGGGCUGUCUCUGACUAUAUAUAUGUACAUCCUAGCACCAUAUCUCAGUUGCAGCCACUAGGCCAUGCUGUCAUAUAAUCAAUAAUAUUGGGAUCUUGUGGGCGAACAGCGAGUGGAGGCUCUGACUGCUGCUGCAUUGCUGGCUGUCCAGGUGCAGGCAAAUCCGGCGAGCCCAGGAUAAAAGGAAUUGUUUUUUCCAAGUUAUGUUUAUGUUUUGGGUCGUAUUGACCCUGGACCCAGAGAAAUGGAAUGGGUCACCCAUCAGGGACCAGAGAGGCUAACCUCCCUCCCAGGUCGUGUCCCCAGCCCUGCUGCCUGCACUUUCAUUCUCUGGAUUAAAUUCUUGGCUGUAAGAUCUGGGAGGUUGUUUCCAUGGUUCCCACCAGCCCCCAGGGUGGAUCGGGAUGUUUCCCUGUCCAUUUCCAGAAUGAGUCGUUGCAGGUGCUGGGCUGAUGGGCCUGGAGAUGAAAGUCUUCUGUCCACCACUCAGCUGCAGCAAGGACUGCAUCGGUGAGAGCUUUCCCACACCAUCCUGCCAAUGUGCCUCCCUAAACCAUCCUCUGGAAGGGAGAGAAUGGUCUUUGCAACCCAAGGCACUGUGCAGUGAAUGCUAAGCACCGCAUAGGGCUUACGUGCGACUUAAAAUAUAAGUAGGCUUAGUGCGAACCCUCCAGAGAGGAAUGAAUUUCAACCCCCUAGUCAUUAGCCUCUCUGCCCCCUUCCUGGGCCCAGCCCUUCCAAACUACAGUAGCGGGGAAAUGAAUAAAAGAAAAAUCUCUUCCUUGUUCCUCUUUGGCAGUGAACAUUCAGCCAUCCUGGCACACCCGGGAGUGUCACUCCAGCAAUGCGCUCUGCGUUAGCAGCAGGAGCUCCACAGGGCAGAGGAUGGCUUCACCCUUUAUUCACCCCUCUGUUCAAUCAUUAUUCCUCCUUUUUGACCCGUUUUGCAUUUUUCAUAGUAGUUUGCUUCUCCUGACAGCUGCAGCCUUCCGCUUAGCAACACAAGCCAUUGUGAGCACACCGCUUAGGGACUCUCCUCACUGGCUCCCCAUUGAAUGCAGAGUCCAUUUUAUGUCUUUGUCCUGAUAGUUAAAACCCUCUCUGGUACUGACCCUUGCUACCUGGGAGUAUGAAGGAAGCAAUGAUGGAAACCCAGUUCUACAGGGUCCUUCGCUGGAUUUUUCCAGUCCCAGCUAAGCAGUUUGUCCCCCUCCCCGAGGCAAAUGAAACUAGUAAUUCAUUAACUGAUCAAUCAGCCAGAUAAAAUCACACUGAAACAAUGAUUAGUUCGAGCAAUUUUUUAAACCCUCCCCUUGUUUUAACAACUCCAAAAAACCAGAAUUUUGGGAAUUUCAAGACCAAAUCAAAUAAUAAUUUUUUAUUUUAUUUAAUCCCUGGCCUAGCACUGGAUUCAGACUGGAAAUAAGGUAUAACGUUUUUAACUGCGAGAGUAAUUAACCACUGGAACAAUUUACCCAGGGUCGCAGUGGAGUCUCCAUCACUGGCAAUUUUAAAAUCACAAUUGGAUGUUUCUCUAAAAUAUCUGCUCCCGGAAUUAUCUGGGGGCUAUUCUCUGGCUUGUGUUAUGCAGGAGGUCAGACUAGCUGAUCACAAUGGUCCCGUCUGCCUUGGAAUCUAGGAAUUCUCAGUUAUGUUCUGGCCCCUGUGAGCUGCUCGGGCAGAAUAACGGGGCCUCAAAGAGGACAGAAAUGGACCCUGAAAAUACACUGACUGGUAUAGAACUGGACACUAGUUUCAUGAUCUCCAAGAACCCCAAACCAGGGCAUAACUAAAUGAUCAUUAUGACAUGAUUUGGGUGGGCAAUUCUCUUUACCAGUUAAUAAUUGUAUUUGUUGUGUUCUUCUUUGCCCUCACCAGUGAAAAAGUUUGGACUUACUUUAUUGUAUAAUCUGAUAAUGGUUCUCUA